UUAAGUAAGGUUAUGUGCGUUAUCUCUAUUCGUUUUACGCGCGUUUUUUUCCAACCUGUUCUUGUGAUCUUUUAUAAAUAUUGAGAUUUGAAAGUGAUAUUAUUCUUGUUAGAUUUUUCUUUUUUUAUGCUGUAGCCCUUGCUCCUUAGGGCUUAUGUCUUACUGUACAAUUUAGUUCUAUACCCUUUGGAGACUGGUGUAAAAGUUAAAAGUGACGACAGUAAUUAUCUACUAUAAGCUGACAAGUCAAGAUAUUAAUUAUUGUUAUUUAAUAUUUAGUGCAGUGUUCGAUUUUGAAUCUUUAUCGUAAAAAACAAUAUUAAAACCGUCCCAUAUAAUAUAUCAACUAUAGUGUGAUGGCUCCUCGAGGUAGAAAACCAAAAAUAAAAAACGAACAAGAAAACACAGAGUUGUUUGAAAAAAAUCGUUUUAUCAUUUUACCUGAUGCUUUAACAAAGGAUGAAAAUUCUGAUCGGCAAUUGAUAAAACUGCGUCAUCCACAAACUAACGAAUUGGCUAUAUUUGUAUAUUCAGAAAAUGAUAAAACUCUAGCACAAAUGCGAUCCUUACCGUUUAGUCAUAGGUCAUUUUUUAAAGGCAAUGAUGUCAUUCCUAUAGAUAGAGUUGAUUUUGUAACGUUGGUUGAUCCUAUGUUUCUCUUUCUACCGUAUUUUGUGAAAUGUUCUUCUAUGUUCUGUCCAUUGGAUCAAAUUUUAGUGGAUGAAUCUCUUCCAGAAUUAAAUAACCUAUUAAUGAAACUAUCAGAAUCGACCAAUUUAAAACAAAUUGCUACUAAAAAAGAAGUUGGAGAUUUAAUUUUGUGGCAGUACAAUGAAAAUAAAACUUUGGAGUGGCUUACACCUAAAAUUGAAAAAGUAUCAAAAGUGUUAAUCACACAACAAAUAAAUGUUAAUCAAAAUGCAGCCAUUUCAUCUUCGUUUAAAGUGUGCGAAACAAGCCUAAAGGCAACUGACGAACAGUUCAAAAGAUAUGCAUACAAUAUAAUUUCGGAAUAUUUACACAUUGAUAUUCAAAAAUCAUUAUUGAAACAUCUCGAGUUACCAGAAAUAGUAGAAUGUAAUAAACGUAAAGCCGAUGAAAAUAAAAGUGAUGUAAAUAAAAAGGUGAAACACAAAGAAGUUGAAUAUGAUGAAAUGCCUUUUCAAGUUAUAAAGAAUGUCACUCCAAAGUUAACAGCUAAAGACAAAGCAUUAAAAAAAGCUGCAUCGGGAACAAAGUCUAUAUCAUCAUUUUUUAAAAAACAUGUAUAAUUGUAUGUGUUUAUGAAAUAAAUUAUGGUUGGUAUAAUUUUCUUGUUCUAUACUUCUAUGGCAGAUUGUUAUAAUUUGUAUUGUCUUGGUUUGUGAAUUAAAAAUUAAAAAUGUUUCAAUUAUGUAUGUAUUUUGUAUUUUUAAAAGCUAAAUGAUAUUUGUUUUUAAAAAAUUAAAAUAAAUUCAAUAUUAAAUUUA